CGACAAUAGAUUGCAUCACCGCACCGACAAAUCACUCUUGAUACAGGCCUUCAUGUAUUACCGACAUGAUUCGGUCCCUACCAGACGAAGCCGAAACAGUUCGACUAGAAAUCAAGCGGAUGAUCGCCAGCGCAGACGGGGGAGACACUUUGGCUGAAGUCGAUCGACUGGAGAGUCGAGAUGGCAGGGUACUAUAUAUGGGUGCUUCCCUUGGGCAAAAAAUAAGUUUCUUGAUGCAAAGCUUGGAGAUUCGACCGGACUGGGGCUGGACACUCUGGCAUUUCCCUGUGUCGAAACGAAUUUUGAAUGAACACCAUAACAUGCAACUUGUUCCCUUGUCGGGGAAUUCUACUAUAUCCCCGGGCGGACCAUUGCCUGAAGGCUUUCUUACACAUAUUACUGAGGAGGAGCUCACGCUUAGUCCGGGAUCGACCGUCAUUAUAUUCAUGAAACGAUCCUCCUGAGACUCCGAAAAUCUGCUCGGUUCACUUUUGUAACAUUGAAGCAUAUUUCUAUUUCGCUUGGCCUCAUGCUCCAAGAGU